UUCAUGCAUCGGCGACGAUAGAAAAACAAAAACGUUCCAUGUAGUCACGGCUCGAGAACAAACGGCUGAAUCAUGGAAAUUUACGAAGCAAAGUAUGACUUCUGUGAUGAUUGUGGCGAAAGCUUGCUUAGUUUUAACAAAGGCGAGAAAUUUUUAGUCACGAACAAAUCUGAUGGAGGAUGGUGGGCCGCUCAAAAUUUGUCCAGUAACGAAAUAGGAUACAUUCCUUCAGCGUACGUUGAAUGUACUGCAGUUAUCGAUCCACUCACAUUAGACCAUAUGGAUGUGUCUUCAAAACAAGAGAAAAUCAAAAUGGAUGCCUUAUGUGAGCUCACAGCAAAGAUUCAGCAAAAUCCUCAUCCAGGAAGGAAUCAUCCAAAGUACCCUAAAGAAGACUACUUGGGUGAUGGAAAACAAACUCCCCCCACAACUCCUGAGUUAAAGAGGACUGUCAUACCACACUCUGCCUCUAAGGAACAGGAUGAAUUACGUAAAGACCUUAAAUUUAGCCAGCAAAGGGGUAUUCAACUGGGAAGACCCGAACUUAUGAAAACAUGGGAAAAGUUUGAACACAAAAAGUCAGCCAAAGCUGAAAAGGGUAAAAGUAGUGUUGACAGUGAACUGGAAUCCAGAUUUCGCAGUAUCUCUCAGAAACAAGAGGAUUUUGAAAAGCAGAAAGAGACAGAAGCAACAAAACCAGAGUUCAUGAGAGUUAGUCUCAAGAAAUCCUCAAGGGAAGUUGAGGCCACCAGCUGACCAAUCACCAUGAAGCUUAAGCCAAACUUAAGGCAUUGAAUACUAUGUUUUAAGAAAAAAUGUAAGAAAGUUCCUGGAUGUGUAAAGUUAGAAAAGCUUAUAGCAAAUGUGUUAUUUUUAUAUACUAGUUCAAGUUACAUUGCUGUGUUUUUUGGAAAAUAUUCUUAAGAGGCAUAGGUGAGAUACUGGUAAUCCAGAACAAAGAAAUGCCCUUCCUAGGGUUUUUUUAACUCUUUUCAUCUUUGCUGUUCACAGAUAGUGUAAUUUUUUGGAAAAACUCAAGUUCAGUAUUAUUACUAAUAAAAGAAUGUGCUGUUUCAUGAAAA